AUGAAAAGAAUAGCACAUAGAAGAAGAGAGCCAACUUAAACAACUACUUGUGUAUUAAUUGGACCAAUUUUAGUUUAGUGAUCAUAAGACUGAAUAGGAUGAACCAAAAUAAAAAGAUGAAAGACUCAAAAAUUGGAACAUUAUGUUUGGCAAUUUUUUAGGUGAAGGUCUUGUUAGAUAAAAAAAAAGAAAUAAACACAUUGAUCCUGCUUUUUUAAGAGAAGCUCCUAUGUUUUGUGGUAAUAAUGUUUACAGUAGUCCUUCAGUAAGGGACAAUUUCGAAAAAUUUAUCAAAGGUGAAAUAUCAGCUUGUGAGUUUUUAAAACGGAAAAAUUAAUCAGAAUUGCUUGAUAGACAAAGACCUAAUUCUCCAAAAAGAUUUAAACUUUUUAGAGUUGAAUAAGAUUAAGAUAAUAAAGGAGAGCAUCACAAAUAAACAGGAUUUCUUAAAUUAUUGAAAGACAAAUCAGAUGAAAUCUCUAAAAAAUCUAGGAUUGAAUCUAGGUUUGCGGUUUUAAGGAAUUUAAUUGAACAUAAAAUUAAACUAAAGGAAGAAGAAGAUAUCAUUAAAAGAAGCCGAGAACUUAAAAAUGUUGGUGUCAUCAAACAAAUGUAUGAUAUCAGUGAUGAAUAUAUAAAACUUAUCUCAAGAAGGUAUAUGCAAAAAAAGUCAACUCCUGUAAUAUAAAAAAGCAUUGUCAACGGAAAUCAAAUUAAACUAAUCUAACAUUAAAAUCCAUAUUAAACCUUCAAAACAGCUACUUAUGAAAAUGAAACAAAAAAUAAAUAUGAUCCUCCAACUUAAACUUCAGCGAUCAAGCUUUAAAUAAAUUAAAAAGCAAAAGAGUAUAUAGAUGAAUUACAAUCUCGAGAUUUCAUUCAAAAUGAAAAAGCCAAAAAGAAAAUAUUCUUAAAUUCUUAAUAUAAAAAUAUUGUUCAUUAAUAAUCUUAAUCUUUGCAUAGUCUUAGAAAUGUUAAACAAAUAGUUCCAUUUAUUAAAUAAAAUUACUUAAAAAAUUAAUACAUAAAUAAUGAUUUAGAAUUGAUUAAAUAUAUAACCGAUUUUCAUGUUGAAGACCCUUUUCAUGAUAAAGAGAUAUAAUCUAAAGUGAGAAAAUCUUUGCUUAUUUCUGCAGGGAUAGUACCUCACAAUUAAAUUUCAAAAUUUCAUUAAAAAAUUAACAAACAAUCAUAUUUGAAUUUAUAAGAUGGAAUAUCACAAAAAUCUUCCAGAUCAAUUGAUGAUUCUUUAAAUUCGAUGUAUGAAUUCAAUGUUGAUUCAUUGUAUAAUUAAAGCAUAAGCUUACAAAAUAAAUUAUUAGAAAAAUAACCUGAAGGAUUUAGUAAAACAAUAAGAUCGAUUUAGAGGAAUGAAGCUUUAAAAAGGUAUAUAAUUAAAUUAAUAUAUAUAGGGAAAUCAUUUAAAGAAAUGUUUAGAAAUUAGAGGGUCUCAAAAAACUAAAGAUUGGUAAUUGA